AUGCAGUACGUCCCCUUCGCCUCGGACAUCGAAAUCCCCUUCUAUGCCGCCUUGGCAUCGCACAAGAUCAACCAUGACAAACUCGACGACUCAGCGCGUAAGCUACUGGGCCUGUACGAGAUCCGCCCGGGCGAUGCAAAGGAGCAUUCCUGUCGGAUGCAGAUCCGGGCCAACGCCCUUACCAGCGACGAACUCCCCGCGGGCUGCUACCGUGCUGAGGGCAUGAUCAAGAACUUCAACACCAUCGAGGACUACCGCAACAGCGACAAACUUGCCAUGAUCCAGCAGGCCGGCCGGACCAUUUGGGACGCCAUCAACGACGGCACCAUCUACUCAUGCCCUUCGCUGCUCGUGUCGUUUCUUGCCUUGUCCUUCGCCGAUCUCAAGAAAUACAAGUUCUACUACUGGUACGCAUUUCCUGCCCUGGCCAUGGAUCCACCCUGGGCGCCGGUCGGCCAAACCUCCUCCCAAGCCGGGCUUCCCUACAAGAAGCUCAAUUCCAUCGAAAGCACCACCCUCGUAGACAGUGUCAUGACCUGGAAAUACGGCGUCGACCCCAGACAGCACGGCUUCUUCCUCGCCAAGAAGCUCCGUGCUACACCGCAAACGAAUCCGAUGGACGAAGAGUUCGGGCCGACGUCGCCACAGUCCCCGCUGACGCCGACAGCCGGCCUUUCAUUUCACUGGCAAGUCGCCGGCCUGGCAAGCUAUGAGAAUGGUUUCUUCAACGGCGCUGACCCGGAGGAUCGCUAUGUCUGCUUCGCCGACCCUUCCAACUACAGCGAACCUGGCGCCGUUGCACCCGGCUGGAUGCUGCGGAACUUGCUGGUCCUGGUUCGUCAACGGUGGAAACUCAGCAGAGUGCAGAUCCUGUGCUACCGCGAGACACAAAUGCGCAGGGACGCCGCGCGCAGCGUCAUCUUCGACAUGCAAGUGCCGCUGCCAAGUCAGCAACAAGACCAACCGGAAGGAGAGCAGGAGGAGCAGGGCUCGACUACGAAGAUGCCUAAGGUCGUGGGGUGGGAGCGCAACGGGGCCAACAAGCUGGCGGGCCGCAUGGCCAAUCUGACUGAAUACAUGGACCCGAAGAAGCUGGCGGACACGAGCGUCGACCUGAACUUGAAGUUGAUGAAAUGGCGCAUCAGCCCGAACUUGGACCUUGACCGGAUCAAAGAAACCCGAUGCCUGCUCCUCGGCGCCGGCACGCUGGGCAGCUAUGUCUCGCGCAACCUACUCGGCUGGGGCGUGCGCAACAUCACUUUUGUAGACAACGGGUCUGUGUCCUUCUCCAACCCGGUGCGCCAGCCGCUGUUCACGUUCGACGACUGUCUCGAGGGCGGCAAGAAGAAGGCCGUCGCCGCCGCCGAAGCCCUGCGCCAGAUCUAUCCGGGCGUCGAGGCCCAGGGCCACGUCCUGUCCGUGCCCAUGGCAGGCCAUCCCGUCACCGACGUGCAAAGGACCAAGGCAGAAUACGACCAACUCAAACAGCUUAUCAAUGAUCACGAUGUUAUCUUCUUGCUCAUGGACAGCCGGGAGUCCAGGUGGCUUCCUACGGUCAUGGGCAAGUCGGCCGGCAAAAUCGUCAUGAACGCCGCCUUGGGCUUCGACACGUACGUGGUCAUGAGACAUGGCGUCAAGCUACACCAGAAGGACGACGACAGCAACCCAAACUCGCAAGCUCGGCAUGAAUUGGGAUGCUAUUUCUGUAACGACGUCGUCGCGCCCGCCGACUCCAUGAAAGAUUUGACGCUCGACCAACAGUGCACCGUCACCCGGCCCGGCAUCGCCGCCAUCGCUUCCGCCUUGCUUGUCGAGCUUCUCGUGUCCGUCCUCCAACAUCCCGCUGGACCCAGGGCCCCGGCUGCUUCCUCGCCCUCAGCCGACCGCGGUGACCACCCGCUGGGCCUUGUCCCGCACCAGAUCCGCGGGUUCCUGUCAAAUUUCACCACCCUCAAUAUCGCCGGUCAGGCGUAUGAUUGUUGUAGCGCGUGUUCGGAAAAGGUGCUGGCUGCGUACGAAAGUGAUGGGUGGGAGUUUGUGCAAAAGGCGCUCAAUGACAAGGACUAUGUCGAGGAGCUGAGCGGGCUGAAAGAGGUGCAGCGCUCGGCCGACGCGGCUGCAGCCGAUAUAGAAUUCAGCGAGGACGACACGGUUGAGGACGACGAGGGCGAGUUGCUUUGA